UAGGUAUCACAUAUAUUUUUUCUCAUUUAUGAGAUCUUUUUCUUACACGCUUAUAUUUUUAUUUUGCAAACCAUUAUAUCGAGAUAGUAUAAUGGCGGCCACUAUGCCAAUAAACCCUAAACCAUUUUUAAAUGGUCUGACAGGAAAACCAGUUAUGGUAAAACUGAAAUGGGGACAUACUUAUAAAGGAUACUUAGUGUCUGUUGACGGUUAUAUGAAUAUUCAAUUAGCAAAUGCAGAAGAGUACAUUGACGGCGAUUGUACUGGAAGUCUUGGAGAAAUUUUGAUAAGAUGUAAUAAUGUUAUGUAUAUACGUGGUGUUGAAGAAGAAGAUGAAGAAGGUGAAAUGAAAGAUUGAAAAUUUCAAAAUAUAUGUUGAUUUCACCACACUUUCAAAUUCGAUUAUAAAAAAUAAAUAAAUAUAUAA